GCGCUCCGCGGCAGUCACGGUCUGACCGCCGAGCGCGCCGGGUCCCCCGCACACCCCGCGCCACGCUCGGCCUCGCCGCGUAACAUAUCCCACAACAAACCGUACAGUUUUAGCAACGUCGCGAGUGCAGCAUGACACUAGUGAGGUAGCGGGCCGCAGUGACGGUGUCAAUCAAUACAUGUGUUGGUGCUUGUGUGUGUGUUAGGUUCGGCCCGUGACGACAAGCGUUCGUGGUGGCCAGCGGAGCUCUGCACCCGGGCUCGGGCCGAGCUUUCAUGGCUCAGCCUAGGUACGACGAGACCCUCCACGGCGGAGGCUACAUGGAGGGCGGCGCCGCCAUGUACCACGAGCACCGGCUGUCUCACCCCCACCUCCCCGCGGUGCACUACCCCCCGCCCGCGGCGCCCGCGCACGCGCUGCCCGGCGAGCCGCUCGUCCACAAGAGAGACAAGGACGCCAUAUACGGGCACCCCCUGUUCCCCCUGCUGGCGCUGAUCUUCGAGAAGUGCGAGCUGGCGACCUGCACCCCCCGCGACCCCGGGGUCGCCGGCGGGGACGUCUGCUCCUCCGAGUCCUUCAAUGAGGAUAUCGCUGUCUUCAGCAAACAGAUACGCCAAGAGAAACCCUAUUAUAUAGCAGACCCCGAAGUUGACUCAUUAAUGGUGCAAGCGAUACAAGUCCUACGGUUUCACCUAUUAGAAUUAGAAAAAGUGCACGAACUAUGCGAUAACUUCUGCCACCGCUACAUCAGCUGCCUCAAGGGCAAGAUGCCGAUAGACCUGGUGAUUGACGAGCGGGAGUCGGCCCGGCCGCCGGACUCCAACGGCGAGCCUCGUUCCGCCCCGGACAGCAGCCACGACGGCGCCUCCACCCCGGACGUCAGGCCGCCCUCUUCGUCGUUAUCGUACGGAGGUGCCGUGAACGACGACGUCCGGUCCCCCGGCUCGGGGGGCACCCCCGGCCCGCUGAGCCAGCCGCCGCCACAGACCCUCGACGCCACGGAUCCAGAUGCCAUGGGCAAAUGGUGUCCGUCGCGGCGGGAAUGGUCCUCCCCCCCCGACGUGGCGCGGAGGGUAUACUCCUCCGUGUUCCUCGGCAGCCCCGGUGAGUACCCAGGUGUUUGGUCCUCAGGAGACGCCAGCAACGCGAGUAUCGGGUCGGGCGAGGGCACGGGCGAGGAGGACGACGAGUCCAAUGGCAAGAAGAACCAGAAGAAGAGGGGCAUCUUCCCCAAAGUAGCCACUAAUAUACUAAGAGCAUGGCUCUUUCAGCACCUAACGCAUCCGUACCCCUCGGAAGAUCAGAAGAAACAAUUAGCACAGGAUACAGGGUUAACGAUACUACAAGUCAAUAAUUGGUUCAUCAACGCGAGACGUAGGAUAGUGCAGCCAAUGAUAGACCAGUCAAAUAGAGCAGUGUUCUACCCGGCAGUGUUCCCCCACGCGGGCCCCAGCGGCGCCUACAGCCCCGAAGCCACCAUGGGCUACAUGAUGGACGGCCAGCAGAUGAUGCACAGGCCCCCGGCCGACCCCGCCUUCCACCAGGGAUACCACUACCCGCCGGCGGAGUACUACGGCCACCAUCUUUAAUGCUGAACGUUGUGUAUAUAAUAAAGCAAAGAGUAUCGCAUGCGAGUGGUCGCUCGGCACCAUGUAGAGACGUCUGUGAUGUGCAGACACACAGACACACCGUGUUCAACCGUGAUACGAACAAAGGAGACGAUUGUAUAUAUAUAAAAAACGCAUACAUUUUGUAAUAUUUGAAACAGUAUACGAUCUCCUAAAUUAAGAUAUAAAAGUCAACUCUAAUGUUAAAAGGGAUUAACUUGUAAAUGAGUGAAGUGAAACAUGGACUAAGCUGUAAGAUAUAUUCGAUGCUCGGAACAAUCAGCCUCUAUUUAUAAAUGCUAAGGGCCUGCUUCACCGCUUCCAUGUAAAGUUUAUCUGAAGGAUAAAGCAACAACGACAUGGCGGUGGUAGUCUUUAGCAGCCGUGGUAAUUCUGUUGAUGUUGCCGAAUCUUUCAGAUAACCCUCACACUCACGCCGUGGGGCAGGCCCUACAGUUGUCUGGAGCAAGGUUAAACAAUAAAAAGGUUUGAUAGUAAUCGUAUAAAUAUUUAUAGCUAAUUGUGUAUUGUUAACGUAAUUAUUAUAAAUAUAAAUAAAAAAGUCGUAAGAUGUAAUGUAAACUAUCUGUGGAAGUACUAGGGUAGCAGACGAAGCCGGAACUAGAAAUGGACUUUUGUAACGCGUU